AUGGAGGGGAGAAAGCCAGUUAAGUUUGUUGUUUUCAAUGAAAAUGAUGAGGCUUUUGAAGAAAAUCAAGAAAAUAAGCUUAUUAAUGUUUCUAAUAGAGCUGAGGCAUUAAAAUUAAAGUUAACUGAAAAUGAGCACAGAUUGGGUUUAGCUAAAGUUCAUGUUGUUAAGACUGAAAAUAAAAUAAAGAGAGAAUGGCCUGUUUUGUUUAAUCCUGAUAAAUUUAAGAAAGUUUAUAUUCAUGUUGAUUUGGAUUCUUUUUAUGCAUCAGUAGAAACUUUAUUACAUCCUGAGUAUAAUGAUGUUCCACUGGGUGUUGGUAGUUUAACUAUGCUUGCUGCAUGUAACUAUAAAGCUAGGGAAUUUAAUAUCAAGGCUGGCAUGCCUGGUUAUCAUGCUAAAAAACUCUGUCCUCAUCUUGUAAUAACUAAAUGUUCAUUUGAUAAGUAUAAUUUUUACUCAGAGAUUGUUAUGGGUAUUUUAUCUAUUUAUGAUGAGAAUGUUGAAAUUUAUGGAAUUGAUGAAGCUUGUCUUGUUUUUGAUGAAAAUAAAUUGAGACAUGCUUAUAACGUUUUUAAUCAAAAUUCUAGAUUUGGAAAAAGUUUAGGAACUGACUAUGUUGAGUAUACAGGAUUUAAUUUUGAAUCCGUUCAUAAAUUAGUUGAUUUAAUUAGAAAUGUUGUACAUAGAAAUACAGGUGGAUUGACAAUUAGUGCUGGUUUAUCAGUCUGUAGGGGGUUGGCUAAAUUUAGUUCGAAUAUUAACAAACCCAACGGGUCUUUUAAAAUAAAAAAUAACUUUGAUAGAUUUUUAUUUCCAUUAGAAGUUGAUAAAAUCAAUGGAAUUGGUAAAAUGACUAAAGAGUUGUUGUUUAAAACAUUAAAAAUUAAAACUAUAGAACAAUUAAGAAAUGAAUUACAUAAGAUUUAUUUAAUGUUGCCUGAAAAGUCAUUUACUAAUAUAAUGAGAUUAUCUUAUGGAUUAUCAAAUUUUGAUUAUAGUCAUUUCCUAAAUGGGAAAAAAUACUCUAAAAACCACUCAAUAGGCAAUGGAUGGACAAUUAAACCUACUAAUGAUCACAGGGAUAUUUGCAUGCACUUAUGGACACUAGCAAAUUCAGUUUACUAUCGAAUGAAAAGACAGAAAUAUUAUGGAUCAGUUGUUACAUUAACAAUUAAAUUUACUACUUUUAAACAAAAAACCAGACAAAAGAAGAGUAGUUUUUUAUUAAAAGAUUUAAUAGACAUUUUUAAUAUCGCUUAUGAUUUAUUUAAAAAUAAUUUUGUUACGAUAAAAGAUGAUGAAAAAAUGGUAGAAGAUAAAAUUAGAUUAGUUGGUAUUAGCAUAUCAUCACUUGUAAGUAGUAAAUUACCAAAAAUAACAAGUUACUUAAAACCAAUCAAUAAAAUAAAACCUAAACCAAUACACCCACGUACCUGUAUAAUUUGUAAUGCACCAUUCAUACAUGAGAGUGAUUUUAUCUAUCAAAAACAUGUCAAUGAGUGUAUUAAUGAGAAAGAAAAAUCAAAUAGAAAUAAUUUAAGAAGAUAUUUUGACAAAUAA